AUGGGCGAUGACGAGAGUCCCGGCGGAGGAGGAGGGGGAGGAGAUGCAGAAAAUAUCUACCAAUUAGUUGACCCAGCUCCCACCCCAGAACCAGAACCAACCCUAGUUUCAGAACCAACUCCCACCUCAGAACCAGAACCAUCUCCAGAACCAGCUCCAACACCAGCACCAGCACAAGAUGUGGUGGUGACCCAAACAGAUGACAACGGCUACACAGUCCAUGUAAAUCCUAACACGCAGGAAACUGCUUUUGUAGGGCAACAAGAGACCAGUGAGGCUGAGGAAGCAGAAGAAGAACCAGAGGAUAUACCACAGGAAGACACUGCUGAACAGGAACACGAUGAAGACGAAUAUUCCUUACAAUCGUCAGUAGGCAGAGUGAAAAUAAAGGUUGGAAGAAUGGAGAGUGUUCAUGGAAGGGCUGAGAACGGAGAUGGUGUGCGUUUGGGAGGAAAGUCAGUAGGGUACACCUCUUGUCAAGACAGUAUGAUCCGUCCACUGGCUCACAUGCUGAUUGAGAUACUCUCACUGAUCGUCAUCAUCAUCGGGGCAGUCCUCAUGGGACUCGCUCCUAACCACCGAACCAUGGAUUACUUUCCGGUUAUCAUGAUAUUUGCGGUUAUUUGUCUGGUGAACAUUUCCUUUUACGCCAUGUCUGAAGUUUCAACACGACAACGCUGCAAUCAUAAAUAUGUGGAAACGGAAAUUUGAAAACCGGCAAGAAAAUGAACAGAUCUGAAGUAGUAUUUCAACAGUAGAAGAUUGUACACAAAUUUCAAGCUGAUAUGAUGGCUCUUUUGAGGUUAUGUUGCACUUUACAGAGUAGCAAGUCCGGGACUCACAGAGCAAGAGUGCAUGCCUUCUUCUUUCAGUUUCUUUUUUUAGUUUUAUGCUUUUACAUUUGAGCUUGAAUUGCCGCGCUGAAGUUUUCUGAAUUGCAUGCUAUUUCUCUCAGGAUAAACCUGGCUUGAAAUUCGUGCUAUUAAUUUGAGUCUUUAC